AUGUCCACUUCUGAAAGUAAUUCCACACAAAAGGCUCAAACACUUUAUGAAGAAGGCACUCGUGCACUCUCUUUGAAGGAUUACGAAACUAGUGUCGACAAACUCGGCAAAGCAUGUCAGUUGUUAGACUCGGCUCACGGUGAGUUGGCUCCUGCAAGCGGCGAUGCUUACUUUGCUUAUGGUCGAGCUUUGUUGCAAAGUGCCAUUCAACAAAACACAGUACUGGGUGAAUCGGGUCAGGACAACAAGGUUGACGUUGUCCCUCCUACAGCUCAAGAAGAAAAUGCUGCUAUUAAGAGUGGCAAGUUCCAUUUUGAGGAUGAUGAAGUUCCCGAAGGAGAUAAUGAUGACGAGGACGAAGAAGGCGAAGAAAACCGACAAGACGAUGACUUUGAGACUGCAUGGGAUAUUUUGGAUAUUGCGCGCGUCAUCUACGAAAAAUCUAAAGACAAAGAAACGCGACUUAAACUGUCGGAUGUGCACUUGUGUCUUGGUGAUGUCUCGAUCGAAACAGAGAAAUUCGACAGUGCUUUGCCAGACUACCAAAAGGCACUGGAUAUCAAAAAGGAAUAUCUGGCAGAAGAUGAUCGCCAGUUGGCUGAAGCACAUUACAAGUACGCAUUGGCAUUGGAGUUUUCGACAACGGAAGCAGACAAAGCUGGAUCACAAAUCAAGGCCGCCGUUGACGUUUUCAAGAAGCGUAUCACUACACUAGAAGAAAAGGAACAAGGCAAAGGCAAAGGAAAGGCGUCUGCUGCAAAUGCUGGAGAUGCCACUAUUGACAAUAAGGAAAUUCGUGAGAUUGAAGGGUUAAUUCAAGACCUGGAAGAAAAGCUCGAGGAGUUGACCAACCGACAAAAAACAGAAAAGGAGGCUGAGGCACUGCUAAAGAGUUUCUUGGGUGCUCCAUCGGCAAACAAUAAUGGUGGACAGCAGGCAGCGGCAGCAUCUCUGGAAAAUGUUACGGUGAACGAUUUAUCCACUAUGAUCAAGCGUAAAAAGCGUGCAAACGAAGAUGAAAAGGCCGAUGAAAGCGAUAGAAAGCAUAAGCGAUAA